CGUGUCCAGAGAAAUAUAUUCAUUGUGCGCGAAAAUACAGCUGGGACUGAGCGAGUUUAGCGCUACCUUUAUUUUGACAUCUUGCAAAACAGGAAGUGCCUGAAUGCGUGACUGUCGAGCUGUAGGACAUGGGGGUUAAAAUAGAGGUUUUCAGGAUGAUGCUGUAUCUGUCGUUUCCGGUGGCGAUGUUCUGGAUAUCAAACCAAGCGGAGUAUUUUGAGGAAUACAUUGUGAAGCGAAAGAGGGAGAUCUUCCCACCUGAUGAGAAAAUGCGCAGGCGAGAGCUGGAGGAUUUCAAGGAGCGCAUGAGAAACCGAAGCGAGCAGAAGAUGCUGAAACAGAUGGGCAUGCAGUCUGAGGAAUGACUAUAAAACGACGGCACUUCUUGUUGCCUCGUAAUGCAAUGUUGGGAUCAAGCCACUUUAACGCUUCUCCCGUCAGCCACAGUGAAAGUUGAGAACGAGGAUAUUGUUUAUGGGCGUAAUUUAGGAAAUGGGCGAAACGGAGUAUAUUUUUGUAAAUCUAUGAGCUUAAUUGCCUUUGAACGGUCACGUUUAAAAGGUUUGACUUUUUGUGUAUAAUAUUCAUUUUUUAAUAGCUGUAAAACGCUGCUUUUUGUUGUUGUAUUCUGAAUUGAAAAUAAAUUAAAUUCCAUUUGAA